AUGUCGGCAGUCAGGUGGAAUGUGGUACUUUGGUUUUGCGUAUACUGUGGCGGCACCUUUGCGCAACCAAUCUCCGGAGAAGGUAAAUCAUUCAUUCAGAUGUCCAAGAUGACUUCUGAAUGAUAUACGUUGCUGUGUAUACUUUGACUAUGCACGUAAAUAGUAUGUACUGUAUAUUUGAUAAUAUUUUCAGAUUAACAAUCGUUUUCUUUUCAAUUCUCCUGUAGUAAUAUGCUACUGUGUUGCACAUUACACUGCUAAAAUGAAUCAAAUCAUACUUUUAUUUAUCCUUUUAAAAAAUAGAAGCGAAAGGAGGUAAGGGAGUUUUGUAUAAUGUAAAUAGACUGUCACUUUACAGUAUUUAGAUUUCAUGCCAGAACACCACAUUCUUUGACAGCUGCAAUGCUCUCACAUUAUGGUUAAUGUAAACCACUUUUCACUUCCCAUCCUCUCCCUUCUUUCCCGCCUCUGUCCCCCUCAAUCCUCUCUUCCUUUCAGUGGAGCUCUUCAACUCAGUCAAACAGGCCAGUCUGAAAUGGACAUCUUAUCCAAAACUCAAAGCAGUAAGUAGAGUGGGCUCUCUAUGCCUAGCAGAAACAGUAGAUGCUGUGGAGGUUUAGACCAGUUACUCUAUAGAUCAUUCAUGAAAUACAUUUUUGGGCCGGUUUCCCUGACACAGAUUAAGCAUGAGAAUCUCUGUUGAAGGUGCUUUUUAGUCCAUUACUUGGUUAAAUCUGUAUGCAGGAAACUGACCCCUGGUGUUUUUGGCACUGUCCUUUAGUAGGCCUAUAGCUGUAUGCCUAAUAACAUGCUGUAUCAUCCUCUCGUGUCACUACACAGUGGAGUGAGAAAUCACUGAAGAUAGGUUCAGAGACCCAAGUCCCAGUCUAUCAAGCCUGCGCUGUCAACAACAAACGCAGAUCACUAUUGACUCAUUGGAUUGCACGGAAGGAUGCCCUGCACCUGCUAUUGGACCUACAAUUCGCUCAGGAAGAGGAGUCAUCCUCCAAUCAGCUGAGUCCACUCCAGGUCCACCUUCUGGAAUCAGACUCUCCACUGUCCAAAUUUAGUGAAUCCCAGAAUCCCCUCCAUCUCCAAGCAUUGCAGACUUUCAGCGCCACAACAGAAGUGCAUCAGAUCAAGGAGUACCUUAACAACAGCCUGGGAUUAGUGUUAAACACGGAGCCUCUCUCACACGACGGCUUCCAUCUUGGAUUCACCUACUCAGGCCGGUGCAUCUUCCUAGUCUCUGUGAGGCUGUACUACAGAAGAUGCCCUUGGUUGGUCAGCCACCUGGUUGGCUUUGAGGGAGCGUCUGCAGGAGCGGGGCCAUUGACAGGGUCCUGUGUGGAGGGGGCCGUGGGGGUGGAGGGGCAGGUGGACCCCCCUCAGAGGGAGUGCCAGGCGAACGGGGCGUGGGGUCCACUGCAAGGGGGGUGCACUUGCGCUCCCGGUCACCAAGAAAAGGGGGACUCUUGUGAAGGUAGGUGAAGACUAUCCAGAAACAUACCACCAAGAUGACUUUGAGUCUCGUAGAUACACAGUAUAUUUUUUGGGCCAGGAGUUUUUCCCGGUCAGGUCGUGUAGUCGGCAAAAGCUCCUGGCCCCAUGUAUCUUAUAAGGGCUAGCUGUUUAUCUGUGUAGUAGCCUUGACAGAUUUAUUUGGGUUUCUUCCAACAGCCUGUAGAACUGGAUACUACAAGGCAGCCAAUGAGAGUGGGGGUUGUCGCUCCUGUCCACCCAAUAGCAAGACGGACGGGGAGGGUGCAGAAGGGUGUGACUGUGGUCAGGGGUACUUCCGCCUCCCGGGUGACCCGUAUGUCAUGGGAUGCACACGUAAGACACUCCGACCCGAGUUCCUCAAACCACUUUAUUUUUGUCAUUUUUAUCAAACAAGAUCUAAUUAAUUUGCAUAUACACUGUAUGUUUAUUUAUGGAUGAGUUGUGUAGAAUGUAGUAAAUAGUUCAACAACUUGAUUGAAUUGAAUAAGGAUGUGCCAUAUUGGAGGAGUCCGAGAGAGUCAGUCAUGAAUCUUAUUGACACAAUGGGGAAAAUGUUUGUAGAUGACAACCAUGUUUUUUUCAUGGCCUAAUUUUCUUCUAUCUAUAAUCUUCUAAUUUCUCGAGCUGUUUGGCAUUUAGUAUUUCUCUUCCACAGGACCCCCCUCUGCUCCUGUAAAUGUAACAGUCCAGCGCCUCAACGACUCAAUGCUGACUCUGCUUUGGGACCCUCCCAUUGACCUGGGGGGGAGGCAGGAGGUGACGUAUGGCGUGGAAUGCUCGGAGAGGGAGGGAGGGACUGAUGGUCAGUGGGCGGUGUGUGGGGAGGCAGUCAUCUUUCUCCCUGCCUCAGCGGGGCUGACCGUCACUGCAGUCAACCUCACAGGGGUCAGCCCACGGUCCGACUACCGGCUGUCGGUCCGGGCCAGUAAUGCCGUGUCAUUCCACCAGAGUGUAGCAGCAGCAGCGUCAUCAGUAGUAACCAUAAUCAUUCAUAGAUGUGAGUCUGUCUGGAUGAUGUCAUCGCAUGUAUGGUCAUUACUACUACCUCAUUCUAACACAGCUGUAACUACUGAUGCUGAUACAAUGGGGUGGGUCUAAUCCUGAAUGCUGAUUGGUUGAAACUAAGGAUGAAUGUGUGAGUCAUGAUCAUGAUAAGGAUUGUACCGUCCUACUGUGAUCAUACCGUUAUCACAUCACAACAUGAUGUCAUCACAUGGGCAUUGCUGUCACGGUAUAUUAACACAACUAAAACGUCUGUUGCUAAUAAACGCUGCUUAAAGAUAAGCAUGACUCAGAGCACUAACCUUGGUUGUUAAAAGCCUCACUAUGCUGAUAAUUCAUGCACUGUGCACACAUGUAAGGUUAUGGAUAAUAGAUGUAGCUCUUUUCCUUUUUAUAUAGAAGGACAUGGAAUGUCAGGACAGAUAUGAAUCCAACCCACUUUAAAUUAUAUAUGUGUGUGUUUACGUGUGUGCGCAUGUGAAUAUAUCUGUCUGUCUACAGGGAAAUCUUUAGAGGUAAACACCCCUGGUCCCUUCUCCCUGGAUCCCCACCGCUCCCCUGUGGAGGGUCCCUCUCCCUGGGUGAUCAUAGGAGCUCUACUGGGAGUCCUUCUGCUCUUUGUUCUGGUCCCUGCUGCUGUUUAUUCUCUGCGACGCAGAUACACCAAGCUCAGGUAAAUACACCAAGAUCAGGUAAAUACACCAAGCUCAGGUAAAUACACCAAGCUCAGGUAAAUACACCAAGAUCAGGUAAAUACACCAAGCUCAGGUAAAUACACCAAGAUCAGGUAAAUACACCAAGCUCAGGUAAAUACACCAAGAUCAGGUAAAUACACCAAGCUCAGGUAAAUACACCAAGAUCAGGUAAAUACACCAAGCUCAGGUAAAUACACCAAGAUCAGGUGAAUACACCAAGAUCAGGUAAAUACACCAAGCUCAGGUAAAUACACCAAGCUCAGGUAAAUACACCAAGAUCAGGUAAAUACACCAAGCUCAGGUAAAUACACCAAGAUCAGGUAAAUACACCAAGCUCAGGUAAAUACACCAAGAUCAGGUAAAUACACCAAGCUCAGGUAAAUACACCAAGCUCAGGUAAAUACACCAAGAUCAGGUAAAUACACCAAGAUCAGGUAAAUACACCAUGAUCAGGUAAAUACACCAAGAUCAGGUAAAUACACCAAGAUCAGGUCAACCGGAAUACCCACCUGGGAACCAGAGGAGGCUGGUGGGAGGAGCUAUAGGAGGAUGGGCUCAUUGUAAUGUCUGGAAUGGAAUUAUUGGAACGGUAUCAAACAUAUGGAAACCACAUUUGACUCCAUUCCAUAACUUCCAUUCCAGACAUUACAAUGAGCCCGUCCUCCUAUAGCUCCUCCCACCAGCCUCCUCUGCUGGGGACAGAGCCUUUGCGGCCUUUGUGAUCUAGCUUGGAUGUAGACGUUGAUAUAUAUUUAUUUUCCAGUGAAGACCAGCAGGUGGAGCUGCUGCCUUUUCACACAGGUGUGACCUAUUGUCGUAAUGAGAACCCACACGCUGCCCCUCAGGAAGUCAACAGUGAGUCUAAAACUGCCAACAAUUCACUAUAAACAGUAGACACAGUAUUUGACUCAGCUAGUUAAUUUGACAGUCCUAUCCAUGUAGAUAACAGUGUUGUGUUCCCGUUGGACUCCCCCCUCUCCCUUUUCUCCUAUAGCGCUGGUGGUACCUGGUGUGGUCCAGUUGCUGGAGGGUGUUAGUGACAGACUACUGACCAGUCUGAGGGAUGUCCUGGUGGACAGGAACCUGCUGACCCUGGGAAAGGAGCUGGGAGCUGGUCAGUCAAGGAGACUAUUCUAUUCUACAGCCUGUUGUUCUAUUCUACCUCUGAUUGAUAUAUCCUGAUAAUGAAGCAUGUUUUUAGUGAAUUAUAAUGUGUUUUGACUGACUGCACCUCCAGGAGAGUUUGGCUCUGUCUACGAGGGGAUCUUUACUCAAGAGGAAGGGAUGGACAUCAAAGUAGCUGUCAAGACCAUGAGAGGUACGCAUCAUUCAGGGAAUUAUCCCCAUUUAACAUGAAUGGAUAUAUUGAAUUAUUCCCAUGUAACAUUAAUGGAUAUAUUGAAUUAUGCCCAUAUAACAUUAAUGGAUAUAUUGAAUUAUUCCCAUGUAACAUGAAUGGAUAUCUUGAAUUAUUCCCAUGUAACAUUAAUGGAUAUCUUGAAUUAUUCCCAUGUAACGUUAAUGGAUAUCUUGAAUUAUUCCCAUGUAACAUGAAUGGAUAUCUUGAAUUACUCCCAUGUAACAUGAAUGGAUAUCUUGAAUUAUCCCCAUGUAACAUGAAUGGAUAUCUUGAAUUAUCCCCAUGUAACAUUCAUGGAUAUCUUGAAUUAUCCCCAUGUAACAUUAAUGGAUAUCUUGAAUUAUCCCCAUGUAACGUUAAUGGAUAUCUUGAAUUAUCCCCAUGUAACAUGAAUGGAUAUCUUGAAUUAUCCCCAUGUAACAUUCAUGGAUAUCUUGAAUUAUCCCCAUGUAACAUUAAUGGAUAUCUUGAAUUAUUCCCAUGUAACGUUAAUGGAUAUCUUGAAUUAUUCCCAUGUAACAUUAAUGGAUAUCUUGAAUUAUUCCCAUGUAACGUUAAUGGAUAUCUUGAAUUAUUCCCAUGUAACAUUAAUGGAUAUCUUGAAUUAUUCCCAUGUAACGUUAAUGGAUAUCUUGAAUUAUUCCCAUGUAACGUUAAUGGAUAUCUUGAAUUAUUCCCAUGUAACAUUAAUGGAUAUCUUGAAUUAUUCCAUGUAACAUUAAUGGAUAUCUUAAAUUAUCCCCAUGUAACGUUAAUGGAUAUCUUGAAUUAUUCCCAUGUAACGUUAAUGGAUAUCUUGAAUUAUUCCCAUGUAACAUUAAUGGAUAUCUUGAAUUAUUCCCAUGUAACGUUAAUGGAUAUCUUGAAUUAUUCCCAUGUAACGUUAAUGGAUAUCUUGAAUUAUUCCCAUGUAACGUUAAUGGAUAUCUUGAAUUAUUCCCAUGUAACGUUAAUGGAUAUCUUGAAUUAUUCCCAUGUAACGUUAAUGGAUAUCUUGAAUUAUUCCCAUGUAACAUUAAUGGAUAUCUUGAAUUAUUCCCAUGUAACGUUAAUGGAUAUCUUGAAUUAUUCCCAUGUAACGUUAAUGGAUAUCUUGAAUUAUUCCCAUGUAACAUUAAUGGAUAUCUUGAAUUAUUCCCAUGUAACGUUAAUGGAUAUCUUGAAUUAUUCCCAUGUAACGUUAAUGGAUAUCUUGAAUUAUUCCCAUGUAACGUUAAUGGAUAUCUUGAAUUAUUCCCAUGUAACGUUAAUGGAUAUCUUGAAUUAUUCCCAUGUAACAUGAAUGGAUAUCUUGAAUUAUCCCCAUGUAACAUGAAUGGAUAUCUUGAAUUAUCCCCAUGUAACAUUCAUGGAUAUCUUGAAUUAUCCCCAUGUAACAUUAAUGGAUAUCUUGAAUUAGCCCCAUGUAACAUUGAUGGAUAUUUAGAAUUUUCCCUAUGUAAAAUUAAUGGAUAUCUUGAAUUAUCCCCAUGUAACAUUAAUGGAUAUUUUGAAUUAUCCCCAUGUAACAUGAAUGGAUAUCUUGAAUUAUCCCCAUGUAACAUUAAUGGAUAUCUUGAAUUAUUCCCAUGUAACAUUAAUGGAUAUCUUGAAUUAUUCCCAUGUAACAUGAAUGGAUAUCUUGAAUAGCUCCUGAGUGGCGCAGUGGUCUAAGGCACUGCAUCGCAGUGCUAACUGUGCCACUAGAGAUCCUGGUUCGAAUCCAGGAUCUGUCGCAGCCGGCCGCGACCGGGAGACUCAUGGGCGGCGCACAAUUGGCCCAGCGUUGUCCAGGGUAGUGGAGGGAAUGGCCGGCAGGGAUGUAGCUCAGUUGAUAGAGCAUGGCGUUUGCAACGCCAGGGUUGUGGGUUCAAUUCCCACGGGGGGCCAGUAUAAAAAAUAUGUAUUCACUAACUGUAAGUCGCUCUGGAUAAGAGCGUCUGCUAAAUGACUAAAAUGUAAUGUAAAUGUAUGUAACAUUAAUGGAUAUCUUGAAUUAUUCCCAUGUAACAUUAAUGGAUAUCUUGAAUUAUUCCCAUGUAACAUGAAUGGAUAUCUUGAAUUAUUCCCAUGUAACAUGAAUGUAUAUCUUGAAUUAUCCCCAUGUAACAUUAAUAGAUAUCUUGAAUUAUUCCCAUGUAACAUGAAUGGAUAUCUUGAAUUAUUCCCAUGUAACAUGAUCGGAUAUCUUGAAUUAUCCCCAUGUAACAUGAAUGGAUAUCUUGAAUUAUCCCCAUGUAACAUGAAUGUAUAUCUUGAAUUAUCCCCAUGUAACAUUAAUAGAUAUCUUGAAUUAUUCCCAUGUAACAUGAAUGGAUAUCUUGAAUUAUCCCCCAUGUAACAUGAAUGGAUAUCUUGAAUUAUCCCCAUGUAACAUGAAUGGAUAUCUUGAAUUUUCCCCAUGUAACAUUAAUGGAUAUCUUGAAUUAUCCCCAUGUAACAUUAAUGGAUAUCUUGAAUUAUUCCCAUGUAACAUGAAUGGAUAUCUUGAAUUAUCCCCAUGUAACAUGAAUGGAUAUCUUGAAUUAUCCCCAUGUAACAUUAAUGGAUAUCUUGAAUUAUUCCCAUGUAACAUGAAUGGAUAUCUUGAAUUAUUCCCAUGUAACAUGAAUGGAUAUCUUGAAUUAUCCCCAUGUAACAUUAAUGGAUAUCUUGAAUUAUUCCCAUGUAACAUGAAUGGAUAUCUUGAAUUAUUCCCAUGUAACAUGAAUGCAGCCUAUUCCUUAGUGCUGUACGUCUGUAGCACAGGAGGCUGCAGAGAGGAGGACGGCUCAUAAUAAUGGCUUGAAUGGAGUGAAUGGAAUGUUAUCAAACACAGGGGAACCGAUAUGUUUGAUACUAUUCCAUUGAUUCCAUUCCAGCCAUUAAUGAGCCCGUCCUCACCAAUGAAGGUGCCACCUGCUACCUGUGGUCUGUAUAGUUUAUACUGUAUAUAUUCUCCCUGUGUGGCUUCAGUUGGACUACACAGUCAGGAGGAUUUAGACUCGUUUCUGAAGGAAGCAGAGAUCAUGCAGCACUUUGACCAUAACAACGUUGUCAAACUUCUUGGUAAGACGCCCCUAUUAGCUCACCUUACUCUGUAACGUAUUUUAAUGCCGACUUUAAUGCUAUCAUUCAACAUUCCAUUCAUCAUUCAAAUUCUUGUUGCAAUACUGGCAUCCUCUGAAAGUUGGAAUAUUGGCAUCCUCUGAAAGUUGGAAUAUUGGCAUCCUCUGAAAGUUGGAAUAUUGGCAUCCUCUGAAAGUAUCUGUGUUUGUCCUGCAGGGGUCACUCUGCAGCAUGAGCAGGAUUCUCCUCUGCCAGUCCCUCUGGUGAUCCUACCCUUCAUGAAGCAUGGAGACCUGCGCCGGUUCCUCAUCGCUGCCCGUUACGGGGAUAUUCCCAUGGUGAGACACACACACGCACACACAUACACACGCACGCACACACAUACACACACACGCACGCACGCACACACAUACACAAAGAGGCAUGGACACAAAGGACGCACAUCACACGUACACAGUCUCUGACUAAUAUGUAUAAUCUAAAUGAAUUCCUCUUCCCUCCUCACAGUUUGUGCCUCACCAGAGUCUUCUGCGCUUCAUGGUUGACAUUGCAGCAGGGAUGGAGUAUCUGAGUUCACAGGGCUUUUUGCACAGGGACCUGGCUGCACGCAACUGCAUGUAAGUCCACCAGGGCGUGCCAGUCAAUCAGGGUGUCCUUACAUGGGAGCCUCAGGUAAGGCCUCUUUGUUCAAAGGAAGACUGCAUCUAUGUCACAGGAGGUCGGUGGCACCUUAAUUGGGGAGGACGGCCUCGUGGUAAUGGCUGGAGUGGAAUCAGUGGAAUGGUAUCAAACACAUGGUUUGGUGCCAUUCCAUUUGCUCCGUUCCAGCCAUUAUUAUGAGCCGUCAUCCCCUCAGCAGCCUCCACUGAUCUAUGUCCACACCACUGGUAUUCUGCUAAGGGCAUACUAUAAGAUGGAACCUACCAACAUGUUCAGUGAGGAUGGGUAAGGUUCUUCCAGGCCUUCGAGGACAUGGUACCAAGCCACAGAUUGAUAUCAGGAUAGUGGGAUGGAUGGAUACAGUGGUUGGUAAAUCAAUUGAAACAAAGCCUUGUCACAAUGAAUAGGCAUACAGAUGAUCAUGCAAUAUUAAACAUGUUUUCUUUGUAGCUGUAAGUACAUAUUAAUAAAUAGUGCAUAACGUAGUUGACUACCAGUCAGACUUGCUGUGUGUGUAUCUGUGUGUGUCUGCGCUCGUGUGUGUGUCUUUCCCAGGUUGAGGGAUGACUUGUGUGUGCCUUUCCCAGUUUGGGGGAUGACUUGUGUGUGUCUUUCCCAGGUUGAGGGAUGACUUGUGUGUGUGUGUGUGUGUGUGUCUUUCCCAGGUUGAGGGAUGACUUGUGUGUGUGUGUCUUUCCCAGAUUGAGGGAUGACUUGUGUGUGUGUGUGUGUCUUUCCCAGGUUGAGAGAUGACUUGUGUGUGUGUGUGUCUUUCCCAGGUUGAGGGAUGACUUGUGUGUGUAUGUGUGUCUUUCCCAGGUUGAGGGAUGACUUGUGUGUGUGUGUGUCUUUCCCAGGUUGGGGGAUGACUUGCGUGUGUGUGUGGCUGACUUCGGCCUCUCCAAGAAGAUAUACAGCAACAACUACUACAGACAGACAGUGGCUAUCCGCAUGCCAGUCAAGUGGAUGGCCAUAGAGAGCCUAUCAGAGUCCAUCUCUACCAGCAAGAGUGACGUGGUAAGUCACACAUGACUAAGAGAUGACUGGCAUGACAUCUGACUGACCCAUCACUAGGACCAGCAGUGUGACCUGACCUGGACAAACUCUGUUUGCUACUCAUUACUGAAGCUAGCAGAGGUUGAUCAUAAAGAUAACUUGGUGUUAUAAUGUCAAUGCAUGUUUAAAUUGAAGAAAGUGUGUAUGUGUGUGUGUGUGCCCCUUUACUACAGUGGUCAUUUGGGGUCACCAUGUGGGAGAUAGUGUCCAGGGGAAGGACACCGUAUCCUGGGGUCCACAACUAUGAGCUCCUGGAGCUGCUGAACGCUGGACACAGACUCAAGCCUCCUGAGUGUGAUGACAAACUGUUAGUCCUCACUUUAUUUUUGUCUAGUUUAGAAGUGUGACCUCACUUGUUAUGGAAUCAGUGGGGGGAUGUAGCUCAAGUUCACAAGCACUGAUCUAGUGAAUGUAGAUAUGGUAACCACUAGCCUCUGUUUACAAUGUAAUGUGUGAGUGCAAUAAUUAAUUGAGAAUGUUUUGCAUUAACAUUCAUACAUCAUUUGAAUGUGUAGCUGUAUUUAGUGAAAACUUCAGUUUACAGAUUCACACAGAGUAGUUGACAACGUGGGCCACGUUUGUACCCCACUGGGCAGAAACUGGUUGAAUCAACGUUGUUUCCACGUCAUUUCAACCAAAAAAUGUAAUGUGAUGACGUUGAAUCAAUGUGGAAAACUGAUUGGAUUUGCAAAAAGUAAUCAACGUAAGUGAAUUUCGUAUAUUUUUUACCCAACUUUUAACCUACAUCCAAGUACAGGGUGAAAUUUUAGUUUAGUUUUGACAACUCAACCAAAUGUAUAUCAAAGCCAGUGGUGGAAAAAGUACUCAAUGGUCAUACUUGAGUAAAAGUAAAAAUACCCUUAAUAGAAAAUGACUCAAAUAAAAGUGAAAGUCACCCAGUAAAAUACCACUUGAGUAAAAGUCUAAAAGUAUCUGGUUUUAAAUGUACUUAAGUACAGUGGUGGAAAAAGUACUAAAUUGUCAUACUUGAGCAAAAGUAUAAAGUAAAAGUAAAUGCCAUACAUCAAAUUCCUUGUAUUAAGCAAACCAGAUGGCAUGAUAUUCUUGUUUUUUAAAUUUACGGACAGCCAGCACUAUUUGCAAACGCAGUAUUUGUGUUUAGUGAGUCCUCCAGAUCAGAGGCAGUAGGGAUGGCAACACGUUAUAUUAAUAGAUACGUGAAUUAGACCAUAUUGCUGUCCUGCCUGAGCAUUCAAAAUGUAACCAGUACUUUUGGGUGCCAGUGAAAAUGUAUGGAGUAAAAAGUACAUAUUUUCUUCAGGAAUGUAUUGGAGUAAAAGUAAAGGUUGUCGAAAAUAUAAAUAGUAAAAUACAGAUACCCCCAAAAAACGACUUAAGUAGUACUUUCAAGUAUUUUUUCUUAAGUACUUUACACCUCUGAUCAAAGUUAGACGUUGAACUGACAUCUGCCCAGUGGGUCCUAACGUGCUCCUGGUUUCUCCCCAAAUAUUUAUUGGUUAGCUUCUGGACCUCCCCUGUAGUUCUGUAGCCCUAAUUAACUGAAUCAACGUGAGCCUUAUUGGCACGACAGGCUGUAACUGAGAGUUGGGCAACAUGGAGCAUGUACAAAGAGGUGAUAUUGUCUGUGUAAUGAAUCAUAUGUUCCCCCUGCCUCUCGCUCUCCCCCUCUAAAUCCAUCUUCCUUUCCCUCUCUCCGAUACUGUACUGGGUCUCCCUUUUCCUUUAUCCUCUCUCCAUCCCUGGAUCUCAAUCCAUCUUCUUCUCCCCUUCUCUCUUCCUUUCUGCACUGUCUGACUUAUUCCUCUCUCUUUCUCUCUCCCCCUCUUCCUCUCUCUCCCUCCCUCUCUCUCUUUAUUUAUUUAUCCCUCCCUCCCUCCCUCCCUCCCUCUCUACCUCGAAAGUCCCCCCUAGUGCUCGAAAGAGCGGGGCCAAAAGAAAGAAGAUCUAAAGAACUCCGAAUGAAACAAAGAGGGAGCUCCACUUCUAAAUCCGGCGUCGUCCAACUCCCACUCUUUCUAAUCACUCCCCCCUCUUUCUCUCUUCCUCCCUCCCUCUCUUUCUCCCUCCCUCCCUCCCUCUCUUUCCCUCUCCCUCCCCCCUCUCUCUCUCUCUCUCUCUCUCUUCUCUCUCUCUCUCUUUCUCUCUCUUCCCUCUUCACCUCCCUCUCUCUCUCCCCUCUCUCUCUCUUUCUUUCUCUCUCAUCUCACUCAAUUUUAUGCACUGUAUAUCUACUCAUCUCUCUCCCUGCACCUCUCAUCUCCCCCUUAGUUAUGAGGUGAUGCUGAGUUGUUGGCAUAGGGAGCCGGGACACAGGCCUGGUUUCAGGGAGCUGGGGGAGACGCUCAAAGCCCUUCUGUGUGAGCUGCCGCCGCUGGAGGCCAGCCAGGAGGCCCACUACAUCAAUCAGGGCCUGGAGGCUGCCACUCACAGUCAGUGGGUUGCCGAUGGACACGACGACCUCGAUUCUGAGGGGGGCGCAGUGGGGAACCUGUACCUGCCCACCCCUGUGGGGGCUGGGGCUACUGCUAAACCUACACCCAAGAAAGAUGAGGAAGGAUAUCUGUUGUGUACGAAAAGUGAAUCUGCUGUGAAGACAGUGGAUUAG